UAAAGCCAACCACCGCCUCCACCCCCCCUACGUUUGAGCAACUUGCCCUGCACAUCACUGUCCACUCUCUCUGCAUACGGCCUGCAGUCAGUUGGUCUGGAAGUUCGUGCUCCUCCGGUGCACUCUGCUCAACUUACCCCGCUGCAAAGCUCUGUCUCCGGUGUGCAGACAUGGCACCGCCACCUGUGCUGCUAAUGCUCGCGGUCGUCAUCGCAUCAGCGCUCGUGCAAACUGCAACAUCGGCCACUCUCGAUGGAACUAUCUUUGCAGUGACUGUGAGCUCCCAGGUGAGAGGAGGGCAACAGGAGACCCUGUGUGCUCACAUCCAUGGCCCAACGAAGCCCGUCAAUUUGACCAUCACCCUCGAGAUGGGCCCCGGCAAAACCACCAUACUCGAGCAGGCUGUUGACAAGGACUUCUAUCACUGCUUAAACUUCCAGGUCCCCACAGUGCGUCAAAGAACUGUGGCAUCCAUUAAUGUCAAUAUUAUGGGUGAGGGUGUCUCGAUGAGCAAGAAAACCAAAAUCCUGAUUGAGCGUCCUGCUUUCAUCCACAUCAUCCAGACUGAUAAACCCAUCUACAAACCUGGACAGACAGUCCAAUUCCGAAUCGUCUCGAUGGAUUCCAAUUUCAUUCCUGUAGCCCGACUGUACAAAGUGGUGGAGCUCCAGGAUCCCAAUUCAAAUCGCAUUGCUCAGUGGUUGGAUAGGAACCUUGUUAGCGGUAUCCUUGAUAUUUCCCACCCCAUAAUUCCUGAGGCGGUUCAGGGAAGCUACCUGAUCACUGCCACAACGGACCAAGGAGAGCAAAUAUCCCACAGCUUCGACAUCAAGGAAUACGUUUUGCCCAAAUAUGAGGUAAAGGUUGAAUUACCCAAUGUGAUCUCCAUCCUGGACCGGGAGGCAACGCUAAAGAUUUGUGGAAAAUACACCUAUGGGAAACCAGUUGUCGGUUCAGUCAAGGCAGUUUUUUGCAAAAUUGCUACCCAAAUGUACUGGUUUUCAAGUAAAAGGGAAAAAGAUAUCUGCAAGACUUAUGAACUGACGACUGACAAAGCUGGCUGUGCUACACAAACUGUGAACUUGGCGGUGUUUCGACUCAACAGGAACAUGAACGAUGGCAGCUUUGAGCUGAAUGCAGAAUUGGAGGAGUACGGCACAGGAGUCAUUCUUACAGGCACAGGGCGCACCAGCUUCAGCGCUAUUGUCAGAACUGUUACCUUCGAGGACGUGCCUGAAGCAUACAAGCCUGGCAUCUUGUUCGAGGGAAAAGUCAAAGUGAUCGGUCCAGACAACAAAGCUGUCGCCAAUGAGGCCGUGUAUGUGUCUGCUGGCAACUCUCAAGAAGUAACGCUGACUACAGGCACGAAUGGCAAGGCUUCGUUUUCUUUUGACACCGCCCUCUGGAAGGACAAUGUGAAUCUACAGGCGCGAUCCAGAAAGACGGAAGUGAAUGAGCCGUAUGUGGCAGACCUGCGCAGACCAGAGUACAGGACUGCAUACCACAACGUCAUAGCAUUUUACUCCAAGAGCAGUAGUUUCCUGAAACUCAUGCAGGUGAACGGGAAGCUGGCUUGUGACAAAGACGCUACGGUGCGUGCUCAGUACAUAAUCCAGGGGACGGAGCUGAAGAACGGCCAGGAGAUCCUCCAAUUCUUUUACCUGGUGAUGUCCAGGGGUGGAAUUGUUCAGCAUGGCAGUCUCCCAGUUGCUGUUCAAGCGGGAAUUGUCAACAAAGGAGAGUUGUCUGUGCCACUGCGUCAGGUUACAAACCUGGCCCCUUUUGCCCAAGUAGUCGUUUAUACUGUGAUGCCCAAAGGGGAGCUUGUGGCCGAUAGCAUGGACUUCCCAAUCAGGCUCUGCCUCAAUAACAAGGUGUCUUUGAGGUUCUCCUCUCUCCAGGAGCUUCCAGCAGAGAAGACCACGCUCACCCUGCAGGCUCACCCAGGCUCCAUGUGCUCAGUCAGAGCCAUCGACCAGAGCGUCCUGCUGCUGCAGAAAGAGCAGGAACUCACUGUUGACUCGGUGUACAGCCAGUUGCCUGUGCAAAAGCUCUCAGGAUACAGCUAUGAGCUUGUAGACGCUGAGUCCGAUCCCUGCAAGCUUCUGCCAGUACAAGAGGAUGACAUCGAGAUAAUAGAACCAGAACCAGAACUGGAGCUUGCCCCUGACGUAGAGCCAGCUAGUCGAGCAAAGCGCUCAUUCUACUUUCCAGAGGACGAUCAGAAGAAUGACGUCUACAACAUUUUUAAAGGAAUAGGGAUCAAAAUUGUGACCAACUCCGAUGUUAGAAAACCUUAUGACUGCCAUCCAGGGGUCUAUUACACCGACAUGGAUCUAUCUUUCGAUGACCACAUGCUAAAGGUAUUUUCAGCCCAAGCAGCAGAUGCAGACGGAGCAUGGGACGAGGAUGUGCCAGACAUUGAGACGGUCAAAAUGAACAAGAAGACUAUUAGAACAUACUUCCCUGAGACCUGGAUCUGGGAACUGGUUUCUGUUGGAGACAGUGGCUCAGUGAACGUGGAGAAGACGGUCCCUGACACCAUCACUAAGUGGGCAGCUGGAGCGUUCUGCGUCUCGUCCGUGGGCUUCGGCGUGGCGCCCAACGCGGCGCUUGUCGCCUUCCAGCCGUUCUUUGUCAGUCUCACCCUGCCCUACUCAGUCAUCCGAGGGGAGGUGUUUACACUCAAAGCAACAGUCUUCAACUAUCUCUCCAAGUGCAUUAUGGUUAAUAUCGCUCUGGCUGAUUCCGACCAGUACACCUCCAGAAACUGCGACGGCUGCCAGUACAGUGUGUGUUUGUGCGGGGAGGAGAGCAGGACCUUCUCGUGGAUUGUAACCCCAACCGCCCUAGGUCAGGUGAAUCUGAAGGUCAGCGCUGAAGCCAUGAAGACUGACAUACUGUGUGGCAACGAGGUGGCAACUGUCCCCGACAUGGGCAGCAUCGACACGGUGGUCCGCACCCUGCUGGUGGAGGCUGAAGGAACACCACAGAUGGUCAGUCAUAACGCUCUCCUCUGUCCUGCAGAGGGGCCUGUGGAGAAGAAGAUUUCCCUUCUGAUGCCCGAGAUGUUUGUGGCUGGAUCAGCCAGGGCCUCUGUCUCUGUACUGGGGGACCUGAUGGGCCGGGCCAUGAAGAACCUGGACAAGCUCCUGGCCAUGCCGUACGGCUGCGGGGAGCAGAACAUGGUGCUGUUUGCGCCAAACAUCUUCAUCCUCAACUACCUGAAAAGCACAGAACAGCUGACCAAGGACAUUCAGGAGAAAGCCACACGCUUCCUAGAGAGCGGAUAUCAGAGGGAGCUUACCUACAAGCACGAUGACGGCUCCUACAGCGCCUUCGGAAAGAGCGAUGAGUCUGGAAACACCUGGCUGACCUCUUUCGUGAUGAAGUCCUUUGGCGGGGCGAAACCGUACAUCUUUGUGGAAGACAAGCACAUUCAAGAAGCCCGGAGCUGGCUCUCCAAACACCAGCGGCCUGACGGCUGCAUCAGAUCUGUGGGGAAACUCUUCCACAACGGCAUGAAGGGAGGAGUGAGUGACGAUGUGUCUCUGACGGCCUACAUCACAGCUGCCAUGCUGGAGCUCGACACAAACACCUCGGACCCCGUGGUGCAGAGGUGCUUGAGCUGUCUGAAGGCAUCAGUGGACUCCCAGCUAGAAAACCUGUACACCACCGCGCUGCUGUCCUACACCUUCACUCUGGCUGGAGACGAGGAGACGAGGAGCAAACUCAUCACUUACCUGAACCAAAAGUCCAACACGCAGGGCGGCUCCCGUCACUGGGACAGAGCCGGGGCUUCUGGGAAAGGCCUGGACUCUCUGGAGGUGGAGAUGACCUCCUACGUCCUGCUGGCUCUGCUCUCCGGUCCGGCCCUGCCAGACUUCGGCCUGGAUUACUCCUCCAGCAUCGUGCGCUGGCUGGCCCAGCAGCAGAACCCGUACGGGGGCUUCUCUUCCACACAGGACACGGUGGUGGCCCUCCAGGCCCUGGCUAAGUACGGCGCGGCCACCUACAGCGCGGAGGGCAGCACGGCGGUGACGGUGACGUCUCUGGGAGGCCUGAACACAGAGUUCAGAGUGGAUCAGAGCAACAGGCUGCUCUACCAGGAGCAGAAGCUGAGCGAGGUCCCCGGAGAAUACACCGUCAGGGCCCAGGGCCAGAGCUGCGUCAUGGCACAGAUAUCCAUGCACUACAACAUCCCCCCUCCCCCCGACUUCUCUGCCUUCAACAUCACCACCAACACCAUGACCAAGUGCAACAUCAGCAGGCCGCAGCUCAUCCUCUUUGUGCAUGUCAGGUACCAGGGCAGGAGAGAGGAAACCAACAUGGUGAUCAUCAACAUCAAGCUGCUGUCUGGAUACAUUCUGGAUAAGAGCUCCCUGGAGCUGCUGAAGAGCGACCGCUCAGUGAAGCGUGUGGAUCUCGACGAAGGAUACAUCAACAUCUACUUAGACGGGUUGAAAAAGGAUGAGAUGCUGAUAUACAGUGUGACACUGGAGGAGGAUGUUCCUGUCAGGAAUCUGAAACCAGCUGUGGUCAAAGUCUACGAUUACUACCAGACAAGUGAUGAGGCGGUCACGGAGUACUGCUCCCCCUGUGCAGAGAGUGACGUCAUCAACGAGCUGUAACUCACUUGGCAGAAUCAAUGCGUCGGAGAAAGAAACUUCUAGAUGUUCAUUUUUUUCUUAGACUGUGUCUUCAUUUGUUUUUACUCAUUUUAACUGUUUUGAGUGAAUUCCACAAUUUUUAAACAUUUUAUUUUUUGUUUCUACUUGCUGAUCCAUUGUCCUGUAACUGUUGUUAAUGAAGCAAUAAUUAGUCUCUCCUGGACACUGGAACCUACACAUUAAAACCCGCUGAGGUGAAGAACAGCAGACGGAGAUUGUGUAACAGUUCUGUUUUUAAUAGAUUUAACAAAAUCCAUAUUAUUCAUACGUGAAAAUAACGCAUGAGACAUACAGGGUACCAAUAACACAGUAUGGUCCGAGUAGAUUGUGUGUGUGUGUGUGAGAGAAACAGAAACUAUUUUCUAGAAAAGUACAGUCUCAUGAGUGAUAGGUGUGUUAUACUGUGUGUGUUCUGCUGUACCAGUAAAUACAAAAGGUAGAUUUAUACAUCACUACCAUACAAUUUUCAAUGUAACUGACCGACAAUAAAAUUUCUAAAAUGACAAAAA